UGAAUGUUUACUCACUUUGUACUAUUCACUAUUUACUCUCUCUCUCUCUCAUAACUCUUAUGCUAAUCAAUCAUCACAGUGACAGAAAACAGAGACCCAACCGCCACUCCUCUCCUCUCUCUCUCUCUCUCUCACACACACACACGGUAGUAGAGUUUUAAGACACAUUUAACUCCUCCACCAGACAUCACCUGCUCCCUCUCUCCCUCUCUCUGACGGAGAUACAAAACCAGAUUCGUUCAUUCUUAGCUUCACAUCAAACUAUGCUUUCUAUCUGAAUCUUUUUUUACUACAACCUUUUUUUUUUUUUUUCUUGAAAAUCUAUGGUUUCUGGGAUUAAGCUUGAAGCAACGAGUGGAAACCUUUCUAUGUUUAUGUUCGAGGCCCACCAGCUAUAUGUACAUACUACACUCAGAUCUUUUUUCUUGAAUGAACCGUGGAAAGAUCAAAUCUUUCCAGCCUCCAUCUCCAAUGCCAAAUAGCCAUUAAUUUCAGUUUGGCCCACAUUAAAGUUUGAGUCUUUUUUCCUAGUGGGGGGUGUAGAUUAAAACCCCACCAAGAAUUCAGAAAAUUUGGUCCAUUUUGCCUUUUUUUUUUGGGCGUUUUUGAUGAUUUUGCGCAAAACCCAUGAAGAAUUUCUACUGGUUGAAGCAAAUUGCAAGCACCCACAGCAAGCUGGAGAGGAGGCUGUCAUUGGGAGAGUACAAGAGAGCAGUUUCAUGGUCAAAAUACUUAGUUUCUUCUGGGGCUGAAAUAAAAGGUGGAGGUGAAGAAGAAUGGAGUGCUGAUAUGUCUCAGCUUUAUAUAGGCAACAAGUUUGCUUCUGGGAGGCAUAGCAGAAUCUACAGAGGGGUUUACAAGCAGAGGGAUGUGGCUAUUAAGCUCAUUAGCCAGCCUGAGGAGGAUGGAGAUUUGGCUGCACUCUUGGAGAAGCAGUUUACAUCAGAAGUUGCUCUUUUGUUCAGGUUAAGGCAUCCCAAUAUCAUCUCUUUUGUUGCGGCAUGUAAGAAACCCCCGGUAUUUUGCAUUAUCACGGAGUACUAUCCCGGUGGUUCGCUCAGAAAAUACCUCCAUCAGCAAGAGCCAUACUCGCUUCCCCUCAAUCUCGUACUAAAACUGGCACUCGACAUUUCACGGGGGAUGCAGUAUCUUCAUGCUCAGGGCAUUCUGCACCGAGACCUCAAGUCAGAAAAUCUUCUGCUCGAUGAAGAUAUGUGCGUCAAGGUGGCUGAUUUCGGUAUAUCAUGCUUGGAAUCUCAAUGCGGCAGUGCCAAGGGGUUCACGGGCACUUACCGUUGGAUGGCACCAGAGAUGAUAAAGGAAAAACACCACACCAAGAAAGUUGACGUCUACAGUUUUGGCAUCGUAUUGUGGGAGCUUUUGACGGCAUUGACCCCGUUUGACGAUAUGACUCCGGAACAAGCUGCGUUUGCAGUAUGCCAAAAGAACGCAAGGCCACCGUUGCCCACUUCAUGCCCUGCAGCAUUUCGUAAUCUCAUUCAUCGCUGCUGGUCGAGCAAUCCUGUUAAACGGCCACAGUUUGACGAGAUAGUCAGCAUUCUUGAAGGCUACUCAGAGUCUCUCGAGCAAGACCCAGAGUUCUUUUCCUCGUACGAGCCACCAGAGGGCUGUAGUCUUGUGAGAUGCAUACCAAAGUGCAUAGCUGCUCGCCGGUCCCCAUCUCUACAGGCAUGAGGAACGAUAUAUUCGUUCACAUGCGAGCCAAAACGCAUCGUAAUUUUCUUGGUGUUAGGGCUACUAAAGUGUUGAUUGUAACUUAAGGUGCAAUUUGCCAUGCAUCAUUUGGUUUUUCCCUAUAGAAUGAAUGUAAUGGAACCAAGAUAGUCUCUUUGAUCUACCCCAGAAUGGGGUUGGGAGUAAGAGAGAGAAUUUGUACUAGGGAUAGAGUGCAGUGUCUUAGAAGCACCAUUUCAAGUUAAUGUAUUUCUUUAUAGCACA